GUCUGGUCCGCAGCCACCUCUCCGCCGGGGCGCAGCGGGCGCGGGGCGGGCCGGCGGGCGGGCGGGCGGCCUCUUGCACACCCGCUCGGGCGCCGCGCUCCUCGCCUCCUCCAGCUCCAGCUGCAACUGCUCCUGCUCGGCCGCCGCCGCCGCCGCCGCUCCUCGGCCCCGGAGCCGCUCGCGAUCCUCGCACCCACGAGCCGGCGCCGCCGACCACGGACCCGCGGCUUCUUUCUUUUGCGCCGAGCAUUGUUUCUCCCCCGGAGGGCGGGCGGAGAUGUUGGCCCCGGAGGUGCCCUGACGGAACGCGCUCGGCGGCUGCUUUUUCGCCCUAAACCGCCCCCCCCCCCAGCCCGCCCCACCAUUCAUUCCGCCUUGACAAGCUGGCCUUUGAUUGACAGCGCCGGGGAAAGAAGAAGAAGAAGAAGAAGAAGAGGAGGAGGAGGAGGAGGAGGAGAAGGAGGACAGAAAGUCAUGCGAGUCGGGUAGUUCGGCUCGGCCGGGAGCUCCCCCCCGCCCAGCGCCGACCCCCGCGAACCCCAAACCGGUUGGGGGGGGGGCGCGCAAAAAAAAAAAAGGGAAAGGAACCAGGACUCGCUCCCCCGCCGCUGUCUUGGAAACCAGAAAAGAGAAGAGCGCGCGAGAGAAAGCCGCGGAGCCAAGAGGAGGAGAGCCGGGGGGAGAGAGGAGGGCUCGCCCCCCCCACGCCCCCCACCCCCGAUUUUCUUUCCCCCCCUUCUUUUUCCCGGCCGCGCCUCGGCUUCUGCUCGGGCCCCCUCGAAGGAUCGCCCAACUCCUCUGCGCUCCGCCCGACCGACAACUCUGCCGGCUCUCCCGGGCGCUGCUGGCGGCUUCCAAGGAUUCUUCGCCCCCCGUUCUUUUUUUUGGGGGGGGGAGGGUGGGGGGGGGCAAGAGAGAACCGCGUGGCUUUUUCAUUUUUUUUCCCUCUUUUUGAUUUUUCGUGCCUCCUUCCACGCUGGCCUCGGGGAGGAGAUAGAAGUUGAGGAGGAGGGGGGGGGGGAAGAGGCGCCAAGCAAGCCGAUGGCGCAAAGGUACGACGACUUGCCCCAUUACGGCGGGAUGGAUGGAGUGGGGCUCGCCAGCACCAUGUACGGGGACCCGCACGCCGCCCGCUCCAUGCAGCCGGUGCACCACCUCAACCACGGGCCGCCGCUCCACACGCACCAGUACCCGCACACGGCCCACACCAACGCCAUGCCCCCCAGCAUGGGCGCCUCCGUCAACGACGCGCUCAAGAGGGACAAGGAUGCCAUUUACGGCCACCCGCUCUUCCCCCUUUUAGCCCUGAUCUUUGAGAAAUGCGAGCUGGCCACUUGCACGCCCCGGGAGCCGGGGGUGGCGGGGGGCGACGUCUGCUCCUCGGAGUCCUUCAAUGAAGACAUCGCUGUGUUCGCCAAACAGAUCAGAGCAGAGAAACCCUUAUUUUCUUCGAAUCCCGAACUGGAUAACUUGAUGAUCCAAGCCAUACAAGUACUAAGGUUUCAUCUGCUGGAGUUAGAGAAGGUGCACGAGUUGUGUGACAAUUUCUGCCACCGGUAUAUUAGCUGUUUGAAAGGGAAAAUGCCUAUCGAUUUGGUGAUCGACGACCGGGAAGGCGGCUCCAAAUCGGACAGCGAAGAUAUCACCAGAUCUGCGAAUCUCACCGACCAGCCUUCCUGGAACAGAGACCAUGACGACACAGCGUCGACACGUUCAGGGGGAACGCCGGGGCCCUCAAGUGGGGGGCACACAUCACACAGCGGGGACAACAGCAGCGAACAAGGUGACGGCUUGGACAACAGUGUAGCUUCUCCCAGCACAGGUGAUGAUGAUGAUCCAGAUAAGGACAAAAAACGGCAUAAAAAGCGUGGCAUCUUUCCCAAAGUAGCCACAAAUAUCAUGAGGGCAUGGCUGUUCCAGCAUCUAACACAUCCCUACCCUUCGGAAGAACAGAAAAAGCAGUUGGCACAAGACACGGGGCUCACAAUACUUCAAGUGAACAAUUGGUUUAUAAACGCUAGAAGAAGAAUAGUUCAGCCCAUGAUAGACCAGUCCAAUCGAGCAGUCAGCCAAGGAACACCUUAUAACCCAGAUGGACAGCCAAUGGGAGGUUUUGUGAUGGAUGGUCAGCAGCACAUGGGAAUCCGAGCGCCAGGACUACAAAGUAUGCCCGGGGAUUACGUGUCUCGGGGUGGUCCAAUGGGCAUGAAUAUGGGACAGCCAAGUUAUACGCCACCCCAGAUGCCCCCGCAUCCGGCUCAGCUGCGCCACGGCCCCCCAGUGCAUACAUACAUUCCUGGACACCCACACCACCCCGCAAUGAUGAUGCAUGGGGGGCCACCCCACCCUGGAAUGCCGAUGUCAGCAACUAGCCCCACCAUGCUCAACACAGGAGACCCAGCAAUGAGUGGACAAGUCAUGGACAUUCAUGCUCAGUAGCUUAUGGGAAUAUACGUUUAUCUUCAACGACGGCAGGGUUGAAUGUCGUCGCUUCGGCAGUGACUUGACGGAUUUCCGAUCUUGGCAUCUCGUUUGGACCAAGGAACUAUUCUAAUUCGUCUUUUACAGGGACCCUUGGAAAGCAGGAUGAAACUCACCGCAACCAGUUCAACGUCUGAGGGACAUGCAGAAAUAACUAUAUAAGGCAACAGAGUGGAAUAUUGUAAAAUGCUAUUAUUCUAUUAUCCAUAUUACGUUGUUUCUUAUAGAUUUUUUAAGAAAAAAAUGUGAAUUUUUUUCCACACUAUGUGUGUUGUUUCCAUAGCUCUUCAAUUCCUCCAGAAGCCUCCUUACGUUAGAAAAAAAAAUAAGAAAAAAGCCUUACAGUUGCCCUGCAAAUGACAAAAAAACCCCGAUUUAUUUGCAGAUUUUUAGAGCGUUAAAAAAAUAUCUACGUCAGGCAGAAGAACAGUUCUUCUUUCCUAGGAUUUUAGCCAUGCACUCUGUAUUUCUCUCUUUUCUUCUUCUUGCUCUUCUUCUCCCCCCUCCCCCUUUUUUUCUAGCCUGGGGCGUGAAUUUGCAUGUCUAAUUCAUUUACUCACCAUAUUUGAAUUGGCCUGAACAGAUGUAAAUCGGGAAGGAUGGGGAAAAAGGCAGUCCUCAACAAUGAUUAAUCAGCUGUUGCAGGCCCUGUCUUAAGGAGAUUCAGAGGAGGGAUGGAAACCAGGAGAAAAGUGUAUUUGAACAUAAUUGUCACAUCUGAGCGUCGUCUCCUCCCCAUGAAGCAGCUGCCAACACCGCCGACAUCACUUCCUGUUUUAUGCCCCUCCAAAAAAAACCAACAACACUGAAGAGUUAUUUUUUACCACGUCGAUUUUUUAUUUUUUUUGGGCAAAGCAUCAUUCGUGCAUUUUUCCAUAGUCCCAUCAUGGAGCAUAUUAUGUAUACAUUGUAAAUAAAACUUUUUUUGUGCAAAAAAAGAAAAAAACGAAAACGAAAAAAAAAAACAAAAGGACUGGAAAAAUGAACUGUAUUAUUGCUUUUUUUUGGUAAAAGUAGCAGUUUGGUAUGAGUUGGCAUGCAUACAGAUUUACUAAGUGGGAUAAGCUAAUUAUACUUUUGUUGUGGUUAAACAAAAAAAAAUGCUUGUUGAUAGCCUUUUUCUAUCAAGAAACCAAGGAGCGAAUUAUUAUUAAUAAUCAUUGCACAUUGAGUCUUAGAGUUUCUGAUUGAAACUGUUUGGAUUGUACAAUAACGCGAAGCCCGAGUUGUAGUAGUUUGAGUGCAGUAAUGAAAUCUGAAUCUAAAAUAAAAGCAAAUUAUUUUUUGUCA